CAGAGACAGUAGCUUUCGCUGGUGGUCAUUAAACUCCGGUUAGAAUCCACCGAGCGAGCGCCUGUUCCAAUGGAGGAGCGUCGACAUCGGGCCGGUUGCCUUCGGAAAUCUUUCGAGAGAAUACAUCGUUUUCAUUUGACCUCCUCUCUCCUGAUGUAAGGAUCUACUUUUUGAAAGGACUAGUUUUACUUCCACCCCUUCGCAGCACCCGCGUUAUCGUACCGAUACCCCUCUGAUGUCCGCGCGGUAGCAGCAACAACCGCAGCUUCCCCAGACCCCCAUCGCGUGCCACUUGCCAAUGCAAACCAAGCGUAAGUGGGGAGAAGCGCUCAGUGGGUUCAGGACAUUUCUACUGUCCAGGACAUGAAGGCCUACAGAUAGAUGCAAAUCUCCCUCCUCCAUGGCCUCUUUUCCCUCCAUCCCAUCCCCCCUUCCCCUCCUCUUGCUCCUCCUCUCCAUCCCUCCAGUGGCUCCUAUCCAGCCCCAAUGGCCCCUGCAGCGCGUCCCCGUGGUCUUACCCCAGGUGACAGAGGACCGACCCGCCCCCCACUUCCAGGCUGACGCCCGAUUGGACGUCACCUCCCCAUGUGACCCAGAAUGCCACAAGAAUGCUCUUCCCCCCAGCUACUGGGACCUGCGUAGCAUCCUGUCAUACGAGACGCUCCAUAGUAACGGUCGCCUCACCGAAACCGCGGUGGGGAUCUACGGGUACACCGCCCGCCCCCAGACCACGCCGGCACUGCCUUCCCGACGCAAACGUCAGAUCUUUGGCCAUGACGGGCGUUUCAGCAUCGUAGGGCAGGACUUCCUGUUGAACUACCCAUUUUCGGCAGCGGUCAAGCUGUCCACCGGGUGUUCCGGAACACUGGUGGGCGACCGGCACGUUCUGACCGCCGCCCACUGCGUCCACGACGGGAAGAACUACGUGAAAGGGGCGCAAAAGCUCCGGGUGGGUUUCCUGAAGCCAAAACAGCGUGACUCUCCCAAUCCUGCCUCUGCCACCAAUGCAUCCAUCGCCCAUCCAUCACCCCCAGAUAAAAUGAAGUUCCAGUGGAUUCGUGCCAAGCGCACCCACGUGCCCAAAGGCUGGAUCAAGGGCAACGGCAACGACAUCGGAAUGGACUACGACUACGCCUUAUUAGAGCUCAAGAAGGCCCACAAAAGACGCCACAUGAAGCUGGGCGUCUCCCCGCCGGCGAAGCAACUGCCCGGGCGCAGGGUCCAGUUCUCCGGCUAUGACAACGACCGGCCGGGCCAGCUGGUCUACCGGUUCUGCCGGGCUGGAGAGGAGACGCCGGACCUUCUCUACCAGCAUUGUGAUGCCCAGCCCGGGGCCAGCGGCUCGGGGAUCUACGCUCGUAUGUGGGACCGGAGGAGGCGGCGCUGGGAGAGGAAGGUGAUCGGGGUGUUCUCAGGGCACCAGUGGGUGGAUCGAGACGGGGCGUCCCAGGAGUUUAACGUGGCGGUGAGGGUGACGCCUCUGAAAUAUGCCCAGAUCUGCUACUGGAUCAAAGGAAACUAUGUAGACUGCCGAGAAGGAUGAGGAAGAGGUGGACAUGUCAUGCACAUACUGUACACACACACACACAGAGGAUUGAUGGAGGAGGAAGAGGUGGACAUGUCAUGCACAUACUGUACACACACACACACAGAGGAUUGAUGGAGGAGGAAGUGAAGGGGGUCUUCAUUUCCCUUGCUGAGGAAGUGAAGUUGACAUGUCAUUCAUACACAUGCAGUACACACUUCAUCAUUAAUACUGUUUCAUUAGCAAUACAUCCAUCGUUCUGCAUGCAGAGACAUCCUCCCAACACACAACUAGAACGACUCACAGUUACAUCCAGGAAGUCCUACUGUACAUACAUACAUCCUCACUAACCCUUUCCAUCGUACAUGAAAUAAAAUGUUCAAAUGUAUUCGUGCCCUUCUUACUGCAUGAUCAACACUGUGCUUUGAAACACAACUGAAAGGUCUUAUGACUGAGCUUUAGAAGAAGGCUUUGACCAGGGACUCCCUGGACCAACGUGUCAUGAUGGUGAAGAGAACAUUUAAUGCACUGAAAGGAUGAAAUAAAAGGAGGAACGAGAAGAUGUGUAAGAGGUUGGUGGAGAACCAGACGCAGUUCCUCUGCUAAUUCUAUAGAUUGUCAGAGCUCUGCUGGGACAUCUCUUUAACUGUUAUUACCAAUGAAUGUAACCCUGUCAUCAACCAAAGGUGCUACCCUGCUCUUCAAACAUGUCAACUCAAGGUAUAGACUGUCACAGUACAAACUGUUGGUGUUUCAAAUGGACCCGAGUAAAAUACCCCUAGCUCCCUCUGCUGGGCCAAACACAACACUACAGGCCACUUUGAUGCGUAGCACCAGUGUUGGCUCUGGCAUACUGACCUUCUACUCAUGAUCUGCACUGUCAAACUUUAUGGGGGAGAUAUUUUUCUGUUUUAAAAACAAUUGUUCAGCAAUAUAUAUAUAUCAACUUUAUAAUGCUUUGGAAUAAAAUGCGGCUUUGCAAAUG